AUGUACGCCCUCAAGAGCCUCUGCUUCGCCCUCUUCGCCGUCAACGCUGUUGCGGCCCCCUUCAACCAAACCCUCGAGGCCCGCGGCAAGGACCUCCUCUGCAAGAACACCGAGGGCAACUUCAAGAUCAACUCGGACAAGGCCGAGCGGGCCAUGCACGCGGCGCCGGUCGGCAACCCGCCGGACAAGCUGCCGCAGACCAAGAGCGGCUACCCGCACCAGUUCCACAACGCAAAGGGCCUCAAGUGGGCCAACAGCCACUGCAACGACAAGAACGCCAAGCUGCUCGAGUUCCCCGUCUUCGCCGACGGCCACCUGUUCCAGUACGACGAGAAGAAGAACCCCUCCGACGCCAGCUGGGUGGGCCCCGCUCGUGUCAUCUACACCAUGCCGUCCAAGGACUACUGCGGCGUCAUGGCCCACACCACUGGCAACAAGGGCGAUUUCGAGCUGUGCGAGUAG